AUGGUGAUCCAACACGUGGGCAGCAGGGGGCGACUGUCAGCAGAGCUGUUUGAAAGGAGGAGAGGCGGUCGCUGUGAGGACAAGAAGCAGACACUGUUGGCAUUGCUGAUCCUGGGGCCGUACUUGGGGACAGGGCUAUCAGGAGGAAGUUGGAAGGUGUCAGAAAGGGUCAGAGAAUGUAACUAUUCCCAGAAUCCUGUGACUUCCCAGGGGUUUGAAUACCAGAGCAAUGAAUUCUCAGCAGAGCCAGUAAAGGUCAUCAGAACCUGGAUGAAGGAAAACUUGUGCAUUUUCUUGGUGAAGCUAGAGCAAGAGGUACAAGAGCUGGAGCAGCUGGUACGGGAUGUGGAGGAGUGGCUGGAAGCCCUGCUGGGAGAGGGCCUCCAGGAGGAACCCUGCUCCAACUUCAAAAAUCGCUUGUGA